CUUUCUUAAUUCCCCCUUCAUUGACUGCAUGGAGUUCACUAGCUCCAUGAACACUUUCACGCCUCAAUCUCUGAAAUUGAGUAGCCAAAUUUGGAAUGUGAGCCGAAAGUUUAAUGUUAUCUUCAACUGAUUUUGUCUCUUUCAAUCGACAAUUCGUCAUUCAAUUCAAUUCAAUCCAAUCCAGCCUUCGCAUGCACACCUCCGUUGCCUCCAUUAAUGGCAGUUUUUUUUUUUGAGCAUCAGAAAAUGGGCAAUGGCGGCGAAAGUAUGGCGUUGGCUGUUUGCAGCGAUAGAAACAUGGGAUUAGGGAUUACUAUUUGGGAUGUGAAAACAGGCCAAACUCUCCUUCACAUUCCGACUUGCGCUUCGCCUCCCUACGGCUUCAUUUGCUUGAGAAACGAGUUCUUUGUUGCUUCUCAGACUCGUAAGGAAGGGUCCGUUGGUGGUGGAUCCAUUUUCAUUUGGUCACUCAACAAGCCUCUGCCGCCUGUUACGAGCUAUACAUUAGAGACCAUUGGACCACUUGCCUCAACAAAGGAUGGUGUAUAUCUUGCAGGUGGAACUCAUUCAGGAAAUAUUCAUCUUUGGGAGGUUGGUAGUGGGGAACUGCUCAAGCUUUGGAGUGGUCAUCAUAAACCUGUAAAGUGUGUCCUAUUUUCUUGGGACGAUUCAUUUCUCAUUACUGGUUCAUCUGACGGAAUGAUUUGUGUCUGGUCCAUGAUUAGUUUGUUGGAUGUGGAACUUGUGGGAAACUCACAGCCAAUAGUGUAUUGUCUCAUGGAACAUAAUUCUUCUUUAACUGGUCUACUCACCAUGUCUGGCUGCUCGAUGUCGAUAAUCAUUUCAAGCUCCCUCGAUGGCAGUUUAAAGUUUUGGGACUUAAUGUCAGGAAUGAUCAGGGGAACUCAAGCUCAUAUAGAGGGGAUCACCGCAAUUGUUCUUCAUCCAACUGAGCAAGUUCUGUUCUCUGGCACUGUUGACGGGCAAAUUUUUGCUAGCAGGCUUGAAUUUGGAUUUGAUAACUGCAUUACCAUUAGAGAAAAUCAAAUACUUGCACCAAAAGGACACAAAGGAGCUAUUACUGCUCUGGCUUUUAGUCAGAUGUAUCUAAUUUCUGCAUCCGAGGAUUGUACUGUUUGCAUAAGGGACAUCAGCAGUCAGAGGAUCAUACAAAAGCUUGACCAUAAAAAAGGGAGAAUAACCAAUUUGGUAGCAAUUCCGCGGUCGUCCUUAAUCUCUACGUCAAAUCGUAAGAGAGUCUCGAAUCAAUCCUCCAUGUCCUCACUCGACAAGUAUCCUCAGCCUGCCAACUUGAUGAAGAGCACGAUUCCUCUCUUUUCAUCCAUCCAACCGCUUGGGGAGAAUCUGAAUUCCAUCAGAUUCACAAGUACCAGCUCAUUGAAUCAACAAAUACUUGAUAUGAAGACAGAAGGGACAUCAGCAGCAAUACAGAUGAAAGUAGAAACAAGCUUAGAAAGGCGAAUGUGGGCGUCCAGAAUGACAAAGGAAGUGAUGGACAUGAAUAACCAUCUUCAAUCAAGGUUACUAGACAUGAUGCGGAUUCGAUUGUUCGAGCCUGCAAAAAUUAGCUCGUCCUCAAAGAAACAAAAAGAUGAAAGAGAUCGAGUUGCAAAGAAGAGGGAGAAGCGUACAUUGUCAUUCCAUUAAUCUUUCGAUCUUGAACCAACUGUAAGUGAUAUAAUUUUGUCAUAUUUGUAAGGUAAGGUAAGAUGUUUUUUUUCUAAAUGUUUUUACUAUUUAAUCAACUGUAAGGGAUGAUUUUAAAAAUGGUGCUCGGUUCGAUAAGGAUAAACAUAAAAUACAAGUGCACAUGCAAUUUGGUAACAUAUUUUAAAUCCUAUGUAAAAAAAUAUAUAUAAUUUACAAUAUAUUAUAUUAAAUAUAUUUCAAAUUGA